GGCAGCAGGCGCUUCCGGUCAUGGCGGCGCUCAUGUGAGGAACUGGAGUUGCUGUUCGACCGACCGACACCCGGAGACUUCGCCGUCCCGCUCGGCCGAGAUGUGGGCCCGCUGCCGCUCACUGCUCGCGGCCCGAGCCUUGGGCGCUCGCCCGGCCCCUGCCCGCGGCCGCAAGUCGCGCACCGACCUGCCCGCCAAGUCGAAGGUGGAUCGAGUCCGGGUCCCCACGCCCGUCCACCCCGAGGAGCUGCUGGUGGUGCAGGAGCGCUACCGGCAGUACGAGGCCAUCAUGGGAGCACUGAGGGCUGAAUUCAAGGAAGCAGUGUUGCGGAAACGUUACGAGGAGGAGGUGGGCUCGCUAGCCGAGGAGCGAGCCAAGCAGGAAGCUGAGGAGCACAGAAAGCUGAUGGAGUUCAAUGACCGGGAGAAUGAGCGGCUACAGAAACUCCGAGAGGAGCGACUCUGGCAGGAGUUGGAAGUAGAGUGGCAGCGGAAGCAGCAGGCUGCUGCCUACAGAGAACAGAAGCAGAUGGAGUUCCUCAGUGAGAAGGAGAGGGAGGUUCUGCAACUUCAGGAGGAAGCAAAGAAUUUCAUUACGCUGGAGAACCUGGAUCAGCGCAUUGAGGAAGCAAUGGACAACCCGCAGAAUUAUAACUUCGCCAUUGACAAAGAGGGUAGAAUUGUUAAACAGACGGUGCUGCAGUAGGUCAAACCCAACUGUAGUCUUGUUGGCUGAGUUCUUUAGCGGCAGGGUGUAGGGAAAUGCUCCCCCUGCAGGGGAAGGGAGGGGAAGGGAACUCUCUGGUGAAUGAGUGAAGUCUAACAGAGCAAUCCUUUUACUGUUUAGCUAGGCUAAGGUGAGCUAUCAGAGUAUCGACACUUUCAGUCACAGUAUGGGUGAGAGGAUCAACUUUACUCACCAUAUAUAUUUACAUGUAUUAGAAAUUUACUGUGCUGUGUUGGUGUGACAUACAAGAAUAAACAACAACGUUCCAACAAUUAUAAAGAGGUGUAUAAAAUAAAGUUAAAAGUACAGAUAUGGGAUAAAAUAUGCAUAAAUACACAAUACCAGUAGGUAUUUACAAUGCAAAUAGCAUUAUAAAGACUAGCUUAAAGUGCUUACAGUGCAGUGACAGGUAAUAGAGGGGUUGGGGGGGGGGGCUAAGUUGAUUGUUUGAUCAGAUUAACUGCCUGGCGGAAGAAACUUAUAAGAUGGUGUGAAGUUUUUUGUUUCAAUAGCUUACAGUGCUUUCAAGAAGGAAGCUUUUGGGAAAGCCAAACAAGAGAAAUCCAAGCAACACACACAAAAUGCUGGAGGAACUCAGCAGGCCAGGCAGCAUCUAUGGAAAAGAGUAAAGUCGAUGUUUCCGGCCAAAACCUUUCAGCAGGACUGGAGAAAAAGCUGAGGAGUAGAUUUGGAAGGUGGAGGGAGGGGAGAGAGAAAUGCCAGGUGAUAGGUGAAAUUUGGAAGGGGGGGGAUGAAGCAAAGAGCUAGGAUGUUGAUUGGUUAAAGAGACAGAAGGCCAUGGAAGAAAGAAAAAAGGGUGGGGGGGGAGGAGCACCAGAGGGAAGCGAUGGGUGGGCAAGAAGAUAAUAUGAAAGGGACAAGGGGAUGGUAAGUGGUGAAAGGGGGGAGAGGCAUUACUGAAAGUUUGAGAAAUCAAUGUUCAUGCCAUCAGGUUGGAGGCUACCCAAAUGGCGUAUUAGGUGUUAUUCCUCCAACCUAAGUGUAGCCUUAUCACGACAGUGGAGGAGGCCAUGGAUGGACAUAUGUGAAUGGGAAGUGGAAUUAAAAUGGGUGGCCACUGGGAGAUCCCACCUGUUCUGACAGAGCAUGGAUGCUCGGCGAAGCCAGUUUGUUGGGUGGGUAGUGUCCGCAAUGAUUUUCUCCUGCCUGCAUCUUUGUUGGCAGUAGGGCUAUUGAAAGUGACAGGAACACCCUGUUUCUUCGCACAGUUCAAAGCUGUGCUAGUUGGUAGGUUAGUUGAUCAUUAUAAAUUGUCCUGUAAGUGGGCUAGGGUUGAGUUGGGGGAUUGCUGGGUGCUGUGGCUCAAAGAGCCUGUUCCACGCUGUGUCACCACUAAUAAAAAGUCCCUCAGUGUUGGUAGACUGCAGCCAAUGACCGUUUCUGCUGAUCUGACAGUUCACUGUAAAUCUGUAUAUUGUGAUCAGAUGCUGCUCCAAACUGGACAGUAUGGACCGUAAAGCUGAGAAGAAUAUGAAUUGUAAAAUAUCUUUUUUGUACCAGUGGCAAUAGCCAUCCCUCCUCUGUUGCUUACUGCUCUAUUACAAACCUGCUGAGAUUUAAAACAAUAAAUUCCUCGAAGUGAA